CCGAUUUUUUAUGUCGAAAUAGAUCAUAUGAUCGUGAAACCACCAGAAACGUAAACACUGUGCAUGCAGUACUAGAGUGCGACAUGUCAACAUAAAUGUAUCAAAGGCAAAGCUUGAGAGAAAAUGUUUGAGCCGAGACAUGGCGAGAUUCGACAGCGCAGUGUCAGUACCAACACAGAACGGACAAAUCUACAGGAGGCCGCGGCCACACCUUACUUACAUAGAAGCUUGGGGUUCAGAACAGAAUGUGAGAAGGAGGUAUAUGAGAUACAGCUAGUACAACUACAGGAACAGCUGGAGUCGGCCAUGAUUGAAAAAGAGCAGAUGGCACAUCAGCUCAAAAAAUACUCUAAACCUGCAUUUAGAAAACUCGAGGAUGAACUAGAAGCCGAAAGAAGGAAAAACAAGGACCUUCAGCUAAUGAUAUCAUCAAAAAGAAACAGUAAAUCACUGUUGGACUCUUCAAGUGACUCCACAUCUACUUCUGAUAUACAGAGAAAGGGCUCGGAGAUCAGAACAGGACAAAACAAGAAAUAUAUAGAGAAAGGCUCAAAUAAAACAGGAAAGUCUUGGAACUUUUCGAACAGGAUUAUGGAAAGGUUGGUCCGUUCUGUGUACGACAUUGCAGAGGACUUUUCUGCAGACUCUACAGUUGAUGAAAAGGAGGAAAAAGAGAAAGAUGGACAGGUCAACAUAUCAAUUUUAAAAGCAAAUGUCAAAAGAUUUGGCACUGCUUUGAAGCCGUACAUAAACACCGUCAAAGGAAUUCAAGGACUUCUGAGAUGGCAGUCCUCCUCAUACACUCUCAUUGUCUUCAUGGUGUAUAUGUAUGCAGUUUGGAUGGGGUGUGCAAUGCAAGUCUUCUUAUUGUGUCUCAUCUUCAGACAUUUCAUUAGUUAUCUACAAAACUUAGGAAUCACAAUCAAAUUUAACUUUUUUCACCAUGAGGAUGAAAAUGAAUCAAAAAAAGAGGAAGCCUCCCUAGGGAUAUCAGAUAAAAUCAACUUAGUUGUACAAAUAGCCAAGAAAGUGCAGGACUUCCUUGGACAAGCUGCAGACAGUCUUGAAAAAAUCGAAAGUGUCCUGACCUGGAGGUAUCCCCCAGCUGCCAGGCGGCUCUUCACUGCUCUGUGUGGUGCCUUUAUCAUGUCUCUAGUGGUGGACUUCAAUAUUUUGCUAUUCAUUAUGGGUUUUAACAUGGGAAUAAAGCUGUUUGUGAUUGACUAUGUAUACUACAAGUUUCCAAAAGUCAAGCGGAAAUACGACUCUGUUUACAAACUUUGGAAGUCCCUCCCGACCCGACACGAGUGGGAAUGGACUCAUGUACAGUCUCAUAUUGAUGAUUGUGUGUUGCCUGACACAAGCAUCAGUACACAAAAAGAGAAUACCGCUGCCUGUUCAAAAAAUACAGAGAACACUGCAGAAUCGGAAGUGGCGGAUGGAGAUAGGGAGUUCAUCAAGCUCUUCUGUUUACCUCCCUCAGAAAUCCCUUUAUCUGGGUGGCGCGGAGGGAGACGGUGUACGUUGGUAAACAGAGAAAAGAAGGGCAUUGGUGUCUUUAAAAACGGCAAACUGUAUCUAACGAAAAGUUUUUUGUGUUUUGAACGAACAUGCAGUCCAUCUAAAGAAAACCUCCUUAUUCCUCUUGUUGAUAUAUUGGCCAUCAAUAAAGCUAAACCUUUUCAAUUUAUGCUUGGAACCGGUAUGGCGAUUGAAAUCAAUAUGAAAGAACGGAGUUUUGUAUUUGGCGGCAUGUUGGGUCGGGAUGACGCCUAUGACAGCCUACAUGAACACGGUGUCAACAAUGAGUUGCCAUGGGCAACAGGAAUUCCAUUGGACGAUUUACCUUCCCGCCCAAAAGUUGUAAGAUUGACAGAAAACAAACCAAACUUCAGUUUUCCGGCGGAAUAUUGUGAUAUUGAUUAAAAUCGUUUUAGUUUUCACGCUGUACCAUUACAAAAUUACAUAUUACAGACUAUUAAUGUGACAUGGAGUAUUAAAGAGCCGUGUCAUCAGUUUAUUUAAAUAUUUGUUUUAAGAAAGUUUUAUAUUCCGAUGUUUUAAAGAUAUUUUGUGACGAAAAUAUGUAUUAUACACAUAGUAAUAUUUCUCUUCAAGUACUCAAAGUUUUCUUUGGUUGUGAAAACACUAAUAAUAUACCAGUUAAAUUAUCCAAUAUGAGUUAAUCUUGGUCAUGGGAGUGCAAAUAAAA